AGGAGCCGGGAGCGCAAAGAACUGAAGUGCUGGUCACGGCGCCUGCGCUGCGCGCACGCGGUCCCGACCCGGCGCGCGCCCCGCUGGCCGCAGCUCAGUGACCAGAUCCAGAGCGAGCCACCCUGAGCCCAAGGCAGCCCACUCCAACCCCGCAGGAGUCACCCGCGAAGAUGCCCCACCACAGCCUACAUGCUGUGGCCAUCCUCCUGCUCGUGAUCUUAAAGGAACAGACUUCCAGCCCAGCCCCUCUCAACGGACCCGACUGGACCUACUUUGGUCCUGACGGGGAGAACAGCUGGCCCAAGUACUAUCCAUCAUGCGGGGGCCUGAUGCAGUCCCCAAUAGACCUGCACAGUGACAUCCUCCAGUACGACCACAACCUUGUGCCCCUUAAAUUCCAAGGCUACAAUGUGUCUACCAACGAGCAGUUUACGCUGACCAACAACGGCCAUUCAGUGAAGCUGAUCCUGCCCCCCAGCAUGCACAUCCAGGGCCUCCCAUCCCGCUACAGCGCCAUACAGCUGCACCUGCACUGGGGGGACCGGAAUGACCCCCACGGCUCCGAGCACACUGUUGGUGGGGAGCACUUUGCUGCUGAGCUGCAUAUUGUCCAUUACAACUCGGACCUGUACCCCAAUGCCAGCACCGCCAGUAACAAGCCACAAGGCCUCGCUGUCCUAGCUAUCCUCAUAGAGAUGGGCUCCUUCAAUCCAUCCUAUGACAAGAUCUUCAGUCACCUUCAAGAAGUGAAGUACAAAGACCGUGAAGUGCACAUUCCGGGCUUCAGCAUUGAAGAGCUGCUUCCUGAGAGACCUGAAGAGUAUUAUCGUUACCAAGGGUCCCUGACCACACCUCCUUGCCACCCCAGUGUGCUGUGGACGGUUUUCAGGAACCCUGUGCAAGUCUCCCAGGAGCAGCUGCUGGCUUUGGAGACAGCUCUGUAUUGCACACACGAGAAUGACCCAUCCCCCGUAGAAAUGGUCAAUAACUUCCGGCACGUCCAGAAGUUCAAUGAGAGGCUGGUGUAUGUCUCCUUCCAACAAGUGCAAGACCCUACCUACGCAGGACUGAGUCUGGGUAUCAUCCUUUCAGUGGCUCUGGCUGGCGCUCUUGGCAUCUGCAUCAUCCUGGCAGUAUCCAUUUGGCUUUUCAGAAAGAAGAGGAGUAGCAAAACAGGUGACAGCAGUAAGGGAGUCAUUUACAAACCGGCCAUCAAGAAGGAGACUGAGGCCCACGCCUGAGGCCCUGGUGCUCCAGGCCCAUCCAAGGAAGGACUUUGCUUUGGACAGUACACACUGUGUCUCCCUGGACACUUGAAAUACCCCAGGGUUCUCUGGAGCUCACCCUGCAGAAGGCCAGAACCCUGCGGUGCCCCUAGCUGGGUGCCCCACCAUCUGGAUGCUAUGGCCACUCACAGUGCAGUCGUGGAUGGGAAGAGCUCGCCAAGGAGGCAGGGACUCUGAGCUGUCUGCUUCAUCUGCAUGAGACCAGUAAGAGGUCUGGGUUCUGGGGACACAAACCAUGUUCCUUGGUGGGGCUGUUAUUAAUUCAAAACCACUUUUAUUCAGGGGCUCACUCAAGUAUGGUUUCAAAUGUCCUGGAAAUUCCACUCCUUGUCCCAGCCUUCAAACCAGAAUGUAUGCCCUCUGCUUAGGCUCUGCUGUUGAUACUCAACUGUGUUUUCUCAGGGAAGGUGCUGCUGCCUCACUCUCAUUUCCUUCUGCUGUGACAAAACCUUUAGUCUAACCUGGCAACUUGGGGUGUUGUGGGGGGCCAUGGGGGUGGGAAGCAUUGAUACAGGAGGGGUCGAGGUGUCUGAGACAAAAAGAAAACAAGAUAUUCUUCAAAAGACAGUAGAGGCAUUUUCACAGUUGUGUCCUUUAGAUCAGACAGACCUUAGAGAGAGACACGUAAGAUCUGAAAACUCUCGGGAGCCGUGUGUGUGAGAAGCACAAGCAUUAGGCCCAAGCCCAACCUCCUACCAGUAUGGUGGUUACAUUUCAUACCCUCCAGAGUUUUAUAAACCAUUAGGCUGCUCCUUGAAAAUGUGCUGCUGCUUUCUCUCUCCUAGACGAGAUAUGAGUACUGAGAAUCUAGAGAAAACAGGCAGAUUCAAAAUGAUUGAAGAGCUUUGUCUCUUGUGCCCAAAUUUCAUUUCUGCCACCUUUGUGGGGUCCCUACUGUCAACCCAGAACUGGGACUUACCUACUUCUCUGACCGUGAGGAUGCUGAACCAUGGCUUGCUUAAAAUAGACUUUCAAGGCAUAACAGCAGGAAGUUAUCUGUGCUGGGGCUGGCAGUGUGGUAUGUAGGGACCACACUAAGGGGAUGUUACAUAGGGUCCUUGUGGUCUUCCCCCAAAGUCCCAAAGGCAGUUUAUGAGAAGCCUGAAUUCCUUCACUCCCCUCCCACUGAUGCAAGACCCCAUGGGGACAUCUUAGAUCCACGACUAAGCAGGGGUCCCCACCACCCGCCUCCCGCAGUCAGCACCUCGCAGCUCCCAGAGAACUUCCAGUUCACAGCCCCACGCUGACUGACAGCAACGAAUGUCCUCUUGAAGCACCGGUUUCUUUGUCAUCAUUUUCCUUCUGUUCCUCCCUGACUCUGAGAGGUCUUUCUCUACUGUCACAACCUUUCGUAGCAACGCAAGCCCUAUGCCUCUGUAGCUUGUUUGCUAGGCAGAGUUACACAUGACCUCCUGGAGACCUCUGACAGUGCUGGGGCCUGGGCCGGCAUCCCACUCCUGCUUUUAACGCCCCUGAUGCUGAGCAAAUGACAGCAGGGACAACCCCCGUGACCGAGCAGUGUGAAUUAGGGAACGCUUUCUUGGCCUUGGCCCAAAGUUGCCACUCAGAAACCAACACAAAUGGCUCCAGAGCCAAGGGACCAGGUCAGAAAACUCUCCACACCUUUUACAGACCAACUUUGUGAGGGAACAGAGAGAUCACUGUACCUGACACAAUGGCUUUCAUAAGAAGAAAGAAGUGCUGGCUAGUGACAACAACGAUAUUUCCCUUGUCCUCCUCCCCCUUGGCACAGCCGGGCCCCUGUUUCUGCCCCCCCCCCCCCCCGUGGUUGAGACAAAGCAAAGCCAAGGAAACAAACACAAGGAUCCCAGAGUCAAUAGGUGACUGCCCUGCUAACCCUGAAGGGUCUCCUGAGGCUCUACCUUAGGAACUGGGAAACGUUUCCUCAAAUUUAACUCAUUCACUGACACCAGUUGCCACGAAAGGGAACCAGUGCCAUGGUGAGGGACACAGGAAGGCCCCAGCUUAUCUGCCUCUCGCUAACGCAGGUCUUGAGUCUCUCUGCUUUGCUUCUUUAGUGUCAUCUGCUGAAGACCAUUCAAACUGAUACCUGUUUUCUUAACAGACAUUCUAGGGUUCUGCUGCAUUCACUUCCCUCCCACUCCAAGUUCAGACCUUGAACUCUUCCUGCCUACAGUGAGCCCUCUGCAGGCCUCCUGGCUGGCCCCUGGGGGCACAUGGUUCUGCAGCAGCCCUCUGUCCCUGUGCCCCAGAUGGACCAUAGGCCACUAUGAUGAAGGUCCAUUCAGCACUUUUGUGUGUAUUGUAUGAAUGACUGUAAUGAAGAAGCACACUGUAAAUAUGAGAAAUUAUAAAUUAAAGUUGUUCACAUGA